AAUAAAUGUCUCUAUCGAAACCUAAAGUACAUUAUUUAAACAAAGUUAGAUUCUCAACUUCUUCCCUAACUUUUUCAUCAACAUUUCAUGGCUUCCUCAUCUCACAAACUCUUCAUCCUUCUCUUUACAAUCCUCUUCUCACUCACAUUACCUCUCAACACCAACACUUCCAUAACCACAUCACUAAAUCCCAACAAACUCACUUCCUUAAAAUCUUUAUGCAAAACAACACCAUACCCUAAACUUUGUUUCAACUCAUUAAAACUUUCCAUAUCCAUAAACAUAAACCCAAACAUCAUAACCUACCUUCUUCAUUCACUUCAACUAGCAAUAUCCGAAACCACAAAGCUCUCGAAUCUUUUCCACGACGUUGGAACAUCGAAUAUCGUAGAGAAACAACGAGGAUCAAUUCAAGACUGCAAGGAACUUCAUCAAUCAACCUUAACUUCAUUGAAAAGAUCAUUAUCCGGAAUCCGUUCCUCGAACAAAAGAAACAUAGCUGAUGCUAGAAUCUACCUCAGUGCAGCCCUAACCAACAAAAACACAUGUUUAGAUGGUCUUGAUUCUGCUUCUGGUACAUAUAAACCAAUUCUUGUGGAUUCUAUUAUCAACACUUACAAACAUGUAAGUAACUCUCUUUCUAUGCUUUCUAAUCAUGCACCUGAGCCUUCAAAUCAAAAGGGUCACAACAAAAAUUUGGUUUCUCCAAAAUGGUUAUCAAAAAGGUUAGAUUUUGAUGAAUAUGAUCCAAAUGAAAUGCUAGUUGUAUCUGCAGAUGGAAGUGGAAACUUUAGCACUAUUAAUGAUGCUAUAAACUUUGCUCCAAAUAAUAGUUUGGUUAGGAUAGUUAUUUAUGUUAAAGAAGGGUAUUAUGAUGAAAAUGUUGAAAUACCAAGUUAUAAAACUAACAUUGUGAUGCUUGGUGAUGGAAGUGAUUCUACUGUCAUCACUGGUAACAGAAGUGUUGUUGAUGGAUGGACCACUUUCAGAUCUGCAACUUUAGCUGUAUCUGGAGAUGGAUUUCUUGCAAGAGACAUAGCAAUUGAGAACAGAGCUGGACCAGAGAAACAUCAAGCAGUUGCAUUAAGAGUAAAUGCAGAUUUAACAGCAUUUUACAAAUGCGCAAUUUAUGGUUACCAAGACACACUUUAUGUCCACUCAUUCAGACAAUUCUACCGCGAAUGCGACAUUUACGGGACAAUAGAUUUCAUAUUUGGUAACGCCGCAGUAGUAUUACAAGAAUGCGACAUCGUAUCAAGAAUGCCAUUACCUGGUCAAUUUACAGUUAUAACCGCGCAAUCACGGGAUAACCCUGACGAAGACACGGGAAUUUCAAUCCAAAAUUGUUCGAUUAUCGCUACGGAUGAGCUUUAUUCAAACUCUAGUAAGGUCAAGAGUUACCUUGGGAGGCCGUGGAGGGUUUUUUCUAGAACGGUUUUAAUUGAGUCUUAUAUUGAUGAUUUUAUUGAUCAAAAGGGUUGGACCAAAUGGUCAAAUGAUCAAGGUUUGGAUACAUUGUUUUAUGGUGAAUAUGAAAAUUAUGGACCUGGUUCAAAGAUUGAUAAUCGUGUUGAAUGGGUUGGUUAUCAUUUGAUGGAUUAUAAUGAUGCAUAUAAUUUCAGUGUUUCUGAGUUUAUUAUUGGUGAUCAAUGGCUUGAGUCUACUUCAGUUCCUUAUGAUGAUGGAAUUUGACAUAGAAAAGAUAAUGUAACUUUGGUUUUUUACAUUUUUCAUUAAUGUUAUUUGAGAUCCCUAAAGUAGUUCUUUGAUUAAGAAUGCAAAAGGAAAAUGUUUAUGGUUGAUAUAUUGAGCACAUAUGAGAAGUUCUUAUGUAGUACUCCCUCUAAUAAAAGGGUGCUUAGAUAUAGGGACGGAUGGAGUAUCUUAUCGCAUUCAAUGUAUGUGAUCUCAACUAGACUAUUAUUUGAAAAAUUAAUGUGAUGAAAGUGGGACACACAUUGAAGUACACUACACAUUGAAUGGUACUUUGGGAAUGAAA